GUUGGAUACAAUUUGAAAUGGCCAUCCAUCAUUAAAAGCGGAUUCCAAGUCACAUUUUACAUUCACUAUUGUGCGUGAUUAUGUCCACCCGUUCACCGUAGAAACGCCAAGUCAUCAUUUGAAGAGGUUUUUCAAAGCGCUUCAAUGCCACAUUCUUUUGACCUGGAGCAAUCAACAUGUGCACCUAGAAGGCCUUCAUUGCCGGAUUUCAUUGUCUCUAAAGGUUAAUUGACUAAUGGCUGUGGUAGUACUUGAUGUGCCUUCCUAUACCGCUAUCAAACCGGAUCACCCUCCGAAACCGCAUAUUAGUGUCAUCAUCAAGUUACCUUUGAUUUAUUCUCAUGAUUAGCCCUACAUUCUCCAGCGGACUCCGACGGCAACCAUCUUCAGUGAACCCUGCACUAAAACAGUGUCCUCAUUAGCUCAUCCUCCUAUCUCCUAUUCCAUGUCAAAAGGAAAGAUUUAACAGCCAUCAUUUCCGCUUGCACUUUUCCGCUUCAGAAACCAACUAAUGAGUGCAUAAUUUGCGGAAAACGAGGCUUUCUGUGUCUUUCGCCUUGGCUUCCUUUUAUUACUAAUGAGCACCAAUAUCAGAAUUGGAAAGAAAAUACCAAAGAGGAUGUUUAACAAAUUUCGAGGAUGUCUCCAUGAUAUGGUGACAUAACCAUUGUCUCUUGGUUUCGUUCCCGAUGGGUUUUUGAAACCACCAACCAGAAAGCAAUAACAACAUUCCGAACGAGGAACGGAGAACUGAGAGCGAAGUUCCAUAACCAUUCUUCGAUUGAGACUGCCAGAGUAAAAAAGUGCACCACUCCGAGUCAGACCAUGUUUUAGAGAUGAAACGGCGAUAACCUCGAAACCUUCAUUCCACUUCCUCGGAUCAUAUCGCCAGAUACACGACAAACCACCAAACCAACAAUAGAACGAAUCCUCUUCCCCAUAGCUCACCCCUAACCGAAUGUGCAAAACCGAGUGGCCAACCGGUGUUACGAACCUCUAAUACUUAGUGCCUAUGAGCGCACAUUGUACAGGACUGAAGGCCAUGUUCAGAUUUUUAGCCCAAAACAUAAAUCGCAGCGAAAGAGCCAAUUUGUCAUGGUGGUAUUGGAAAGAAAUGGGAGGAUGAGAGGGGAUGGGAUGGGAAUCAGGUUCCAAACUGCCAAGCACACGACAUCCAGCAAAGAGGCACGCAUGAACCAGUCUACUCUCCCAAAGGAAGAGGAACAGAGACAGACUUGGAAGAACUUUGGAUUUAUAUUUCAGGAUCCCAAAGGCUGCGGAAAAACUUGAGGGUGGGAUGAAAUUUCAAGUUAUCGCUCUCUCCCAAAUUGUCGAGAGCGGAAAUAAAUCUCGGAUCCACGAGCAAUCCCUACGAGAGCUCGUGUUCUUGACCGAUUUAGGGGAAAUUACAUAUCGGUCUAUGUAUCACAUCUUUAUCGCGCUCAAGGAGCUCAGUCAAGGUGAAUGCGAGAUGAAAACGCGGGCUGAUAGUGUUGUGAAAUACUAUGGGUUCAAUUGGGAAUUCUUGGUUCGAGUGACAAAGCUUCACAAGUUUCUGUUCCCAUCAUGGACGUCGAUCCCCGUGUUCCUCUUUGUGUUUAUCCUUUUGGUGCGAGGCUUGGAGGAAUAUGUGGGUUAUUACGUGGGUCUUAUAUCCUCCGACUAUUAUCAAGUCCUCGGAGACAAAGACUUUGAUGCGUUUGUUCAAAUCACGCUCAAGAGUUUGGGCAUGAUCGUGCUCAUAGCCUUCAUCAAGACUGUGCGAAUAUGGUCCCAGGAAAUGAUCGUGGUUUCGUGGAGAUUGGCCAUGACUGAAGCCUUGAACGAGAAGUAUUUCCAAGAGAACUCAUUCUACCACAUUAACAUCAUAGGGAGGGGCUUCUUGGGUAAUGCUGACCAAAGGAUCACGGCCGAUGUGUCCACUUUUUGUUCCACAUAUGGGUUUAUCAUUGCGGACAUUUUGGUCUCGCCAUUGACCAUUGGUUACUAUACCUAUGAUGCGUACACUCGUGCCGGAUGGAUCGGUCCCUUGGGAAUGUUCCUCUUUUUCGUGAUCUCAACCGUGAUCAACAAACUCUUGAUGUCGCCCGUGGUAAAUGCCUCGGCUGAGCAAGACAAGCAAGAGGGUGAAUUCAGAUUUCAACAUGUUUCGACACGGAUCCAUUCGGAGGCUCUGGCAUUCCAAGACGGAUCCCAAGUGAAUAUACGAAAGAUCCAGGGGUCAUUAAAACUUUUGUGUCGAAGCCAGCGGAGGGUGUUCAACCUGCAGUUCUUCCUCAACUUCGCAACCAACCUCUUUCAAUACGUCAGUAGCAUCGCAUCUUUCCUCGUCAUCGCUGUUCCAUUAUUCAGUGGGGCUUACGACGACCUCACGGGCUCUGAAUUGAGUUCCUUGAUCUCAGAGAACGCUUUUGUGUGCAUCAGCUUGAUCUAUCAAUUCUCCAAACUGGUCAACAUAAGCCCGUAUGUGAGUGUAAUGGGUGGAGCCACACAUCGCAUUGCCGAGCUCAUCGAGACGUUCCAGAGCUUGGAAAAGGACCACGCUACCAAGACCAAGGGGGAUGUUAAUGGAAUGAACGCAUACUUGGAUCCAAAAGUGGCCUUUCGAUUGUCCAAUGUGGACGUGCGCUCACCGGGAAUGGAUCGACCUUUGAUUAAAGAUCUUACCCUAGACAUAGAGUUGGGCCAAAACCUCUUGGUUAUGGGUCCAAGUUCUUGUGGGAAAUCUAGCCUUCUCCGAGUAAUUAAGGGAUUAUGGCCCAUUUCAAAUGGAGUCAUUGCGGUCAAUCCUGACCUUAAGGCCAUUUACUUGCCCCAAAAGCCAUACAUGACGAGUGGAUCUUUGAAAGACCUCGUACUACAUCCCAUUGACACUCAGCAGUGUGUUCUGACCAUUGAGGACGAACAACGAAUCAAAGAGCUUGUCACGGAAUUCGGUCUCAACCAUAUUUUGGAACGAUGUGGAGGCAAUCUCGACUAUGAUCCCCAAUGGAACUGGUCUGAUGUGAUGUCCCCCGGUGAGCUCCAGCGUUUGGCCUUCAUCCGUCUCUUCUAUCACACGCCUGCUCUGGCCUUCCUGGACGAAUCCACUUCAGCCUUGUCCUUGGCCGUUGAAGAGAAACUUUAUGAAAAGUGCUCCAAGAUGGGCAUCACUUGUGUCAGUGUGGGGCAUAGAGAAACUUUGAAAAAGUAUCACACCAAGAUCCUCGAGAUCAAGGAAGAGAGCGAUCACAAUACGGGCACCCAUGUGAAUACUAAUGCACUCUGGGAACUUCGGGAUCUGUAACGAUGAUUAAAGAUUCUUCCUCGGCGUCUCAUUGAACGAAGCGGUCCGUCUUUUUCAGUCCAUCUCCGACGGACUGACCGGGGGAGGGGGAUGGCAAAAAAGAGGACAUCAUCCAGUUCAGAAAAGUCGUCUUCUUCAAAUUAAGUUGUCAGCACAUGUACAAUUCACUGUCUGGAAGAACGAUGCGAGGUCAAUUUGUUUGGGCUGGCCUUUCCCUCUC